AGUGGCGGAGGGGAAGCGGCGCCGCCGAGGGGCCGGAGCGGGACCGGGACCGGGAACGGGAUUGAACCGGGAACAGGGAUCGGGAACGGGAUCCGGAACAGGGAGCGGGAAAGGGAACGGGCAGCGGGAGCCGCGCCCCUCUUCCCCACCCGCAGCUCCAGCCUCUCCCCCGUGCCCACCAUGGGGGACAUGAAGACCCCGGACUUCGACGACCUCCUGGCCGCCUUCGACAUCCCCGACAUCGAUGCCAACGAGGCGAUCCACGCCGGGCACGAGGAGCCCGACCCGGCCCCCCUCAAACCCGGCCCGGGGGACUCGGGGACGGGGGGACCCCCCGAGCACGUCCUGCCCCACCCCGACAUCUCGGCCGUCAGCGUCAUCGUCAAGAACACGGGGUGCCCCGAGCAGCUGGAGCCGCUGGACGGCCGCGGGAAGGACGGACAUGGAAUGGGCUCCCGGCUGCUCCACAACGGAUUUGGUGCCACCGCCGACGCGCCGCGAUCGCCCGGGCACAGGGCGGGGGAGUCGGCGGCCAACGGGGAGUGCUGGGCCAAGGAGAAGGGCCCCAAGGCCUUGGAUCUCUUCUCCCACUUCAGCCCCGAGCCCGGCGAGGAUCCCGCCCUGCUGGACAGAGCCCGGGAGGGCAAAGGCAAGGAGAAGGCGCUGGCAGUGCCCUGCCUGUCCCCGUCCCCUACCAAGGAGCCGCUGGGGGAGGGCUCGGGGGACCUGCCCUCGGCCUUCCCGCAGCCCUUCGAGCCAAACCAGGCCGGCGGCACCGACGGGUCCCGCCCCGGCCCCGCCAUCAAAAAGGAGGAAUCCGACUCGGAGGAGCUGCCGGGGCGCCAGCCCAGCCCCAAGGGUUUGGGGACGGCCCUCGGGGACAGCCCCCUGGAGCACCUCAAGUCGGUCACCGUGCGUUAUUCCGGCGAGGAUUCGCCCCUCCCGGCCUGGCCGGGCUCGGAGGCCGCCCUGGGGGAGGCCGGGGCCGAGGGGAAGCGCUCGCCCCACAGCAGCAGCCCCCGGGAGCCCUUCUUCAAACCCCCCUCCCCCGGGCUGGCCCCCUCCCCGAAGGACGGGCUCUCCCUCAAGGAGGAGCAGGAAGGGCUGGAUAAAUCCACGGGGAGCCCGCAGAGCAUGUCCAGCGCCGAGGAGGAGGAGGAGGACGAGGAGGAGGAGGAGGAGGAGGAGAACAACAACGACUCGCCUUCCUCCAGCUCCUCGCGGCCGCUCAAGGUGAGGAUCAAAACCAUCAAGACCUCCUGCGGCAGCAUCACCAGGACGGUCACCAGGGUGUCCUCGGACUCGGAGCCGGGCUCCACCAAAGGCCCGGGGGGCGAGCAGAGCUCCCGGGAGCCCUCCCUGGAGGGGACCAAGGAGGACGGGACCCCGGAGCCGCCCCCCAAGGACAGACCGGAGCUGGGCAGCCCCUCGAAGGCCGCGGAAGGGCCCAAGAUCGUCAGCGUCCAGCUGGGCAACGGCACGAAGCUGCAGGGCACGGUGCUGCCCGUGUCCACCAUCCAGAGCGCCAGCAGCGCCAUGCUCAUCGCCGCCAGCGUGGCGCAGCAGAAGUCCGUGGUGCUGCCCGCCAAGCCCGGCAAGGCCGUGGCCAAGAACAUCAUCAACCUGGUGCCGCAGAGCCUGCCCAGGGUGGACGGCAGGGCCGGCGGCGCCGGUGCCGCCGCCGCGCCGGGCGGGCAGAAGGUGAACGGCGCCGCGGUGGUGAUGGUGCAGCCGCAGAAGCCGCCGCCCGCCGUGGCCGGCACCGUCAUCUCCCGCAGCCAGUCGAGCCUGGUGGAGGCCUUCAACAAGAUCCUCAACAGCAAGAACCUGCUGCCCACCUACAAGCCCAACCUGAGCCCGCCCGCCGACGCCAGCCUGGCGCUGCCGCCCUUCGGGUACCGCUGCCUGGAGUGCGGCGACGCCUUCGCGCUGGAGAAGAGCCUGGCGCGGCACUACGACCGGCGCAGCAUGAGGAUCGAGGUCACCUGCAACCACUGCACCAAGCGCCUGGUCUUCUUCAACAAGUGCAGCCUCCUCCUGCACGCCCGCGAGCACAAGGACAAGGGGCUGGUCAUGCAGUGCUCCCACCUGGUCAUGCGCCCCAUCGCCCUGGACCAGAUGGUGGGCCAGCCCGACAUCACCCCCCUGGUGCCCGUGGCUUCCUUCCCCGCCGGAAGGGUGGCCCAGGAGGGCCCCGGCGCGGCCAACGGGGCGCAGGAGCCGCCGGUGCUGCCCCUGGGAGGGUCGGAGCAGGGCAGCUACAGCUGCUUCAGGUGCCUGGAGUGCAAGGAGCAGUGCAAGGACAAGGCCGGGCUGGCGGCGCAUUUCCAGCAGCAGCAGCAGCAGCAGCAGGGCGGGAGCGCCGGCAGCACGGUGUGCUCCACGUGCCCCAUGAUCAUGUCCAACCGCUGCAGCUUCAGCGCUCACCAGCGCAUGCACCGGAGCCGCCCCCCGCACGUCUGCCCCGAGUGCGGCGGCAACUUCCUGCUGGCCAACUUCGAGUCCCACCUCAAGGAGUCCUGCCUGCACUUCUCCCGCAGGGUGGGAUACAGGUACGGCCCCGGAAUCCCGGGAUUCUGCGGGGGGAGGCCCCGAACCCAUCGG